AUGGAGGACUUUUCCGAGGACUAUUUCCUAAAUGGCUUUGGCGGCGCUUUUUUAGAUGAGAGAUAUAUCAAAAUUGACCCGGAGAUCAGAAAUUGCGAAGAUGUGCGCAUGUGGUACGCAUUCCUUGCCAGCUCGCUCGUCACUUUCGUCGGCGGGCUGAUCUUGAUUUUACUAUGGCGCGCGUUCAAUUACAUGUGCUGCGCGGCGUAUCGACUCCAGAACGUCACUCGAAGCCAAUUGACAAUUCCUCCUCGACUUGGCGAAAAGGAUCGUAAUGGGGACGCAGCGGCGUCAAAAGCCAACGCGGCAGAGGUGGGAUGGAUGACAGCGGUGAAGGACUGGGCAGGUGUCAUGAUCUCCGCCCAAACCCUUACGGGCAGGAUUCUCGUCGUUCUGGUCUUUCUGCUCAGUAUCGGCGCUCUGGUAAUCUACUUCAUCGACUCAUCUGAUCCGAUCGAAACUUGUAAAAACUUCUACUCCGAUACGACGCUACAGAUUGAUAUGGCUUUUAAUAUAUUCUUUCUACUCUACUUUGGGCUUCGUUUUAUAGCGGCAAAUGACAAGCUCUGGUUCUGGCUCGAGGUCAAUUCUAUCGUCGACUUCUUCACCGUCCCACCUGUGUUCGUUUCUGUCUACCUGAACCGCACGUGGCUUGGCCUGCGUUUUCUCCGAGCACUGCGGCUGCUGCAAUUCAGCGAGAUCCUGCAGUUUGUAAAUAUCCUCAAGACGUCGCAAUCAAUUAAACUGGUCAAUCUGGUGUCGAUUUUUCUUUCAAUCUGGCUCACUGGAGCCGGCUUCAUCCACUUGGUCGAGAAUACGGGCGACCCAUGGGCAGACUUUUCCAAUUCUGUCAGCCUAACAUACUGGGAGUGCGUUUAUUUAUUGAUGGUCACCAUGUCGACUGUCGGCUAUGGUGAUAUCUGCGCCAAGACGACGCUGGGCCGUUUCUUCAUGGUGUUUUUCAUCUUCGGUGGGCUGGCGAUGUUUGCCUCGUAUGUGCCGGAAAUCAUCGAGCUUAUGGGCAAUCGCAAAAAGUACGGCGGCAGUUAUACCUCCGUUUCCGGAAGAAAGCAUCUCAUCGUGUGUGGCCACAUUACGCUCGAAUCCGUUUCGUACUUUUUGAAAGACUUUCUUCACAAAGAUCGAGACGAUGUCAAUGUAGAAGUCGUUUUCAUUCAUGUGGUACCGCCGAAUCUCGAGCUCGAAGCGCUUUUCAAACGGCACUUUACACAAGUGGAAUUCUUCGAAGGAUCGGUCCUCAAUUCGAACGAUUUAUCACGUGUUAAGAUGGAAGAAGCAGAUGGGUGUGUGAUUCUGGCGAAUAAAUACUGUCAGGAUGCGGACAUCGAAGACGCUUCAAACAUCAUGCGUGUCAUUUCGAUCAAGAACUACUCACCCCGCGCGCGAAUAAUUAUUCAAGUCCUUGCGCAUCACAACAAGGCUCAUUUGCUCAACAUUCCUUCCUGGUCGGCUGCAAUGGGCGACUCAGUAAUUUGCCUGGCCGAGUUGAAGCUCGGUUUCAUCGCGCAGUCUUGCCUGGCUCCUGGCUUCAGUUCUCUUAUGGCGAACUUAUUUUCGAUGCGAUCGACGAUCGAAAUUGACGAAGACUCCUGGCAGAAGCAUUAUUUGGCCGGAGUCGGGGCAGAAAUGUACACGGAAAAACUUUCUUAUUCGUUCGCUGGGCUGAGUUUUCCGAGAGUCUGCGAAAUUUGCUACCAGAAGUUGAAUUUGUUGCUCAUUGCUGUUCAGGUGUCGAAGCCAGGCGGCGGGCAGCAACUACUGAUCAACCCAGGAUCGGCGAUUACUCUCAAGCCCGGAUGUCUUGGAUUCUUCGUUGCGGAGAGCGCGAAAGAGGUCAAACGGGCGAACGUGUGGUGCGCACGGUGUCACAUUGAUGUGACGGAUUUGGAAGAGAUCCGCCGUUGCAACUGCCCGCACAACAUCAAAGUCAAUGCCAGAUCAUACACGGAUAAUCAUCAGAUUCAAGCGCAGAGUUCUGAGCACGAGCUUGGCGACGGUUCUGACGGCUUCAAAUUCGUCAACCACGUCAACUCGAACUCUGUGCCUCGCCCUGCUCUCACCAACUCAAACAGCUUGACGAAGCAUUUGAACGCGUAUGGAGGACUCAACACCAGCAGCAACAACUCAGCAAAAGUCGUCAAGCAUCAGUUCGACGAAGUUGCCAAAGAAGACAUGCGCUACGACUCGACGGGCAUGUUUCAUUGGUCCAAGCCGAGGCGUUUAUCUGAAUCGACGCUCACCAAGGAGCAGUGUGCCCAGUUGAACUUGCAGGGGCACAUUGUUGUUUGUCUUCCAGGUGUUGGUGCUGAUACUCCCUUACUUGGCCUCCGCAACUUCGUCAUGCCUCUCCGCGCCUCCAACUUCCACUACCACGAGCUCAAGACGAUCGUGCUUCUUGGAGACGUCAAAUACAUUCAGAAAGAGUGGGAGACGCUGACCUGCUUUCCAAAGCUCCUGGUUCUGCCUGGCUCGCCGUUGAGUAGAACCGACUUGAGAGCAGUUGGUGUCAAUCUGUGCGACAUGUGUGUCAUUUUGUGCUCUCACUCCAACACCGGAUCGACCAUUAUCAACUUUGCCGGCGGACAGAUGAUGGAGGAUCCGUCGCUGCAGGAUAGAGAAUCCAUCCUUACGUCACUAAAUAUUAAGUCGAUGCGAUUUCCUGGAACGAGAGCUGUGUCUGGCUAUUCAAUUCCCAUGAUAACUGAGCUUGUAAAUGACUCCAAUGUCCAAUUUCUCGACCAAGAUGAUGACGAUGACCCGGAAACGGAGCUCUAUCUGACUCAACCAUUCGCCUGUGGAACAGCCUUCGCAAUUUCUGUCCUGGACUCGCUCGUCUCAGCCACUUAUUUUAACUCUGACGCGUUGACCCUCAUCCGCACGAUGAUCACGGGCGGCGCGACUGAUGAUCUCGAAGAGAUUCUGGCAGAAGGAGGGAUUCUCCUUCCCGGUCCAUCAAAUGAUCAAACACUGGCCAACCGAGAUCGCUGUCGAGUUGCCCAGCUGGCGCUAUUCGACGGCCCCUUCGCCCAACUCGGCGAUGGCGGUCGAUAUGGCGACUUAUUCACUAAAGCCUUACAGCAAUACAACUUGCUCUGCUUUGGAAUCUACAGAUUCCGGGAUGUUUCGUCGCCUGUAGCCAACCCUACUUCAAAAGAUAUGUCAUUACUGCCCCAACACCUGAUUUUCCUCUUGUCAGCUCGGAUUUGGUUUUCUGUCUGA